AUGGAAACAGACAUUAUCCUGCUGGGCUAUGACCUCGUGCUCAACAGAAUGGACAUGAAGGGCACAAAGAUUGAUUCUGACACUUUCCCCUAUCCAGACCACCCGUCCUCCAGUGAGCAGUCUCACUACAAUCUCGUGGACACAUCACCAGUUGCCAGCACAGAAAAGCAGCCUCAAAAAGCAUGUCUAAGCCUGAUCGACACCUCAACCAUCUCAUGGCAGUUUUCAACCUCACCUCCUUCAACAUUCAUCCUAAUGGGCAUCCCUGGCCUGGAACCUGCUCAUGUCUGGAUUUCCAUCCCUUUCGCUACGUUCUACAUUAUCGGCCUGGUGGGAAAUUUCAUGCUUCUCUUUGUUGUAGGCAAAGAGCAGACCCUGCAUAAGCCAAUGUACCUGUUGCUCUGCAUGCUGGCACUCAUAGAAAUCGGAACGUCUACCUCCGUUGUGCCAAAGGCACUGUGUAUAUUUUGGUUCAAUUUGAAAGGCAUUACUGUGGGUGGCUGCCUCACCCAGAUGUUCUUCCUUCAUGCAGGUUCUAUGAUGCACUCAGCUGUCCUCGUGACAAUGGCCUUUGAUUGCUACGUUGCCAUAUGUAACCCUCUGAGAUACACCACCAUCCUCAUCAACACACGAAUAGCUGAGCUAGGGCCAGUGGGUUUAUUGAGAUCUCUUUUCUUCAUUAUGCCCCUGCCCCUGCUCCUGAGUAGGCUGCCAUUCUGUGCUGACCAUGUUAUCCCCCAUACUUACUGUGACCAUAUGGCUGUGGCAAAGAUGUCGUGUGGAGACAUCACAGUCAACAGGACAUACGGCUUGGUGACAGCAUUUGUAGUCAUGGGGUUAGACCUGAUGCUCAUUGCCCUGUCCUACAGUCUGAUCAUCAGGGCCGUCCCCAGAAUCUCCUCCAAGACAGCCUACCAGAAAGCCCUGAACACAUGCACAGCCCACCUCAGUGUGAUGCUGAUGUCUUAUACUGCAGGCCUCUUCUCCACUCUGAUACACCGGUUUGGUCAGGGCAUCGCUCCCCACGUUCACAUCAUCUUGGCCAACCUCUAUUUCCUCAUCCCCCCCAUGCUCAACCCAAUCAUUUAUGGGGUCAAAAACAAAGAGCUUCGUGACAAAGUGGGCAAAUACACCAGCAGAAUGUGCUCACAUUGGGCCACUGACUUUAAAUCUGUGUGA